AUCCAAGUGAAAAAUGAAAAGAACAAAUCAUCUUUGAAAUCUCUUAAAAAUAGUAACAGACCAGAAAAAUCCAAAUGUAAGCCGCUCUGGGGAAAAGUAUUUUAUCUUGACUUACCUUCUGCCACCUUAUCUGAAAAACUGCAAAAAGACAUAAAGGACCUAGGAGGGCGAGUUGAAGAAUUUCUCAGCAAAGAUAUCAGUUAUCUUAUUUCAAGUAAAAAGGAAGCAAAAUUUGCGCAAACACUGAGUCGAAUUUCUCCUGUCCCAAGUCCAGAAUCCACAUAUACUGCAGAAGCCACUUCACCUCAUCCCAGUCAUGAUGGGAGUUCAUUUAAGACUCCUGACACAAUGUGUUUAAGCAGAGGAAAAUUAUUAGUCGAAAAAGCUAUCAAGGAUCACGAUCUUAUUCCUUCAAAUAGCAUAUUAUCAAAUGCCUUAUCUUGGGGAGUAAAGAUUCUUCAUAUUGAUGAUAUUAGAUGCUACAUUGAACAAAAGAAACAAGAGCUGUACUUAAUCAAGAAAUCAAGUACUUCUGUAAGAGAUGUGGGGAAAAAAGUUGGUAUUGGAACACAAAAAACAAGAACAGGAAGACUGAAAAAGCCUUUUGUAAAAGUAGAAGAUACGAGCCAAUUUUAUAGGCCAUUUUAUCUUCAGCUGACCAAUAUGCCUUUUAUAAACUAUUCUGUUCAGAAGCCCUGCAGUCCAUUUGAUGUAGAUAAGCCAACUAGCGUCCAAAAGCAAGCUCAGGUUAAACUAAGAAUCCAAACAGAUGGCGAUAAAUGUGGUGGAACCCCAGUUCAUCUCCAGUUGAAAGAGAAGAAAAAAAAAGGAUAUUGUGAAUGUUGUUUACAGAAAUAUGAAGAUCUUAAAACUCACCUUCUCAGUGAGCAACACAGAAACUUUGCAGAGAGUAACCAGUACCAAGUUGUUGAUGAUAUUGUGUCUAAAUUAGUUUUUGAUUUUGUUGAAAGUGAAAAAGACACACCUAAAAAGAAAAGAAUAAAAUACAGUGUUGGAUCCCAUUCUCCUGUUUCUUCAAAUGUCCAGAAAAAGACUGGACCAAAAGGAAGGUUAGACUUGCAACGUAUUUCUCAGAAAGACUUCAGAGAAAAUAAUGUACAGAUGAUUAAGCAGACUUUCCUUGUUGAAGAAACCCAGGAAUCCAAAGAAAAACUUGUGUUUAUUUCAGAACCCAUCCCUUUACCUUCAACUGAAUUGAAAGGACUUAAUGAGAAAAUGAUUAAUGAAUGUUCCAUGUUAAAUGCAGCUAAAAAUGACACAAAACAAAGUUUUACACAGUUACCUCCAUGUAAAAACAAACAGGAUUGUGUUCCUUACAUAUCUGAACAUGAAUUAAUUUUAAAUGAAAAUCCUAGUAAUCUACAGACAUCUGUACAGGUUUCUCCUUUCAAGAUGGAUAAUAAUUUAUCCUAUCCAAAACAAAAGUCAGAUACUAUGCUUUUUCCAGCAAAAGACCUUCAUUCAGUAUUUGGUCAUGAUUCUGAUCUGUUAACAAUAAGCAGUUCAAAAGAGCACCUAACAAUAAAGACAAAAAUUCCAUCCUGUCAUCCUCCUGAGGAACUCAAUGAAUGUGACAUCAAAAAUAUGGAGAAUUUACCUUCCAGUAAGAUCCACCGAAAAGUGAAGAUAUUAUUAGGACGAAAUAAAAAAGAAAAUGUGGAACCAAAGGCUGAAUCAGAUAAGAAAAUAACUGAAUUUCAUAUUACACAAGAAGAAAACAGAAUUUGUAGUUCACCAGUACAAUCCCUACUGGAUUUAUUUCAGACUAGUGAAGAGAAGUCAGAAUUUUUGGGGUUUACAGGCUACAAUGAAAAUAGUGGAAUAUGCAAUGUUUUAGAUAUUUGGGAAGAGGACAAUGCAAAUAAUCUAUUGUCAGCCUUUUUCUCUUCUCCUUCAACUUCUACAUUUACUGGCUUUUAAUGUUUAAAAAAGUAUACUCAGAAGUAAGGUUCAU